UAGGUGAGGCUUUACUUGUUUUGAUAGGGGUGCAGCCCUAUCAAAACAUUUUCCAUAAUAAAAACCUUAAUUGCAGCUAUGUAUCUCCCUUCCCGUCCCAGCGUCAUUGUUGCAGGGGCAAUAGCGAACUUGGCGCCUUCUUUGAGGGUUUGAAUCAUCUAACAGCGAGUUUGUUCUUGGUAUCGAGAUCACUAAGCACCAGAUCUGAGAUUUUUUGACCUGAUAAAAGGUCUCAUACAUCAAGUUGCAAUAUAUGUGGAGAAUUGACAUCUGCAAUAGGAAGUAAAGGAAAAGACAAACAAGAAGAACUAAGCUGGAAAAGGAAGGAAGCUGAACAAAAACAGAGCAGAUUAAAGGAAGGGUAUCUCUCACUGGAGAAAAACAGAGCAGAUUAAAGGAAGGGUAUCUCUCACUGGAGAAAGGCUUCUACGCACAAAACUAGUGAUGACUCGGCUUUCAAGUUGGACUUCCUAAGCAUGUGCUGUGAAGAGAUGUUUCACAAAACUACUGAUGACUCAGCUUUCAAGUUGGACUUCUUAAGCAUGUGUUGCGAAGAGAUGGUUCUCUAGGUAUCAACGUGCAAGAUUUCUUCCAGAUGAUUGAUGAUCAGGACCUGGGAUUGUUUGCCAACUUUCUCGGCAUCUUUAUAUUCAUUCUUGUAAUUGCUUACCACUAUGUAAUGGCCGACCCCAAAUAUGAAACCAGCUGAGGAAAGAGGUUAGCCGAAAAUGGCCCUUCCAAAAAGCGAAGGAUAAAGAGAGAGAUACAGAUGGGCUUUAUUAUCAUGUGAAAUGGAACGAAUUUGACGUUUCCUAUGACUAGCUGUUACUUGUCUUUCCAAAAAAUUAGGGGUAGAAUGUAUUAGGAAUACAGGAUUUUGCAUGUCCCCCUGACAACCCAUUCUUGAAUUUGGAGCCCUCCUGAACCUCUUCUUAUACUCAUGAAUCAGGUGUUUAUCUUUCUCACA